AUGCUUGCCCGGUUAGGAACUCGGAGACGACGAUUCGCGCCACCCACCCGCUAUAAGAAAACUUGCGAGCGCACAUUUUGGCAACACAAAAUAUUUGGCAACACAAAUUUUGGCAACCCCCACCAAACGUUUUUCUUUGCUCCUCACACAACAGCUAUGAAACUCGAGCUAUUAUGGACAGCCGUCGCCAUGGCGGGCGCCGUGGCGGGCAAGAACGUGACGCCGUUGAGGAUAGACUUUGAUGUGCUUCGUGGGUCGGGCACCGACCGAUCAUCCGACUACGUUCCCCACUUCCGUGAGCGUCGAGACGACGCUGGGGGUGUGGUGAUGGAGCUUGCCAACGAGAACACCUUCUACAUGACAACGUUGCAGUUGGGUCUGAAUGCGGACGCGGUGUCGAUCUUGGUGGACACCGGGUCAUCCGACUUGUGGGUGAUGUCGCACGACGUUGCUUGUCGGGCGCGGACCUCCAAACGUUCAUUUGACGAACUCUCCGCGCCAGCCCCAGCAGACGAAAUUGAAAAUGUUGGCGAGGCACCAGCCGCGGAUUCUGAACUGUGGGACGAAUUCGACGAUUUAGGAAAGAAGCGCAGAGACUUGGUGGUCGCAGACAGAACAAAACUGACAAAGACGAUUGCCGAGGAUGUGCAGGUCAAGCAAGUGGCCAGUGUUUCCACUGUAGUUAGUGCCACCACAAAGCUUGUACAGAACAAGGAUGGUGAAGAUUUCUUCACCACCAUUUUUAUAACUAAUACCAAUGUGUUACCAUCUCCAACUGAAGGGUCUGGUUCUGGCUCUGGCUCUGGCUCUGGCUCUGGAUCUGGCUCUGGAAGCUCCGGCUCCUCUGGUAGCUCUGGAUCUGGCAGCUCCGGCGCCAAUGCAUGUGUCUCGUACGGAUCAUUUGCAACCUCCUCAUCAUCCUCCUUCAAGAGAAACGACACCGCACAACCAUUCAGCAUCCAAUAUGCCGACAGUACCUAUGCCAAGGGGAUCUGGGGCUAUGAUACCGCCAAGAUUGGGUCCACCUCGAUCGAAAACCUCUCGUUUGCCGUGGUCAACAAUACCUCUUCCGACGUUGGGGUUCUUGGGAUCGGACUCCCCGGCUUGGAAACCACCUAUUCCACCACCAACGGGGGUAACUACAUGUACGAGAACCUCCCACUCAAGAUGAAAAACGAUGGGUUGAUCAAGAAGAACGCCUAUUCGUUGUAUCUCAACUCCCCUGCCGCCUCCGGUGGUUCGGUUUUGUUUGGCGCUGUAGACCACGCCAAGUACAGCGGGACCCUUCAAUCCGUUCCUAUCAUCAACACCGCCAAACAAUACGGUUACUCAGACCCAAUCAAGUUUGAAAUCGUCAUGGAUGGCCUUGUUUUCAAACAAUCCGGCCAAUCGGACUUGGAAAUCACCUCCAACUCAUACCUGGCAGUAUUGGACUCCGGGCUGACCCUCACAUACCUUCCAACUUCUUUAUUCAAGAAGUUGGGCACUGCCCUUGGUGGAACCUAUAGCAACAGCGUGGGCGCCUACAUCGUUCCCUGCAACAGUAACCCAGACUUCCAAUUGGAAUUCAACUUCAAUGGCGUCAAGAUCUCUGUUCCCUACCUGAACUACCUUCUUCAAUACUCCCUGAACACCUGUUACCUUGGAGUUCAGGAACAAAGUGGAUCCGGUAACCAAAACAACUACAUUUUGUUUGGUGACAACUUCUUGCGCAGUGCCUAUGUUGUUUACGACUUGGAUGACUACACCAUCUCCAUGGCCCCUGUCGUUUACACCGACGAUGAGAACAUUGAAAUCAUCUCCAGUAGCAUUCCUGGUGCCUCCCAGGCCUCGGGUUAUUCCUCCACCUCCUACAACAACGGCUACACCGAAGGAGGUCUCAGUCUGACCGCCUCGAUCCCCAAGGGCAGAUUGACCUUGAGCACCGCCAGCGGCGCCGUGGCCACUGCAGUUGCCACCGGUGGUGGAGCUGUCGGUGGUGGCAGCAGUUCUGGAGGAUCCUCCAACGGUUCCAAUUCCACCUCUGGUAACAGCUCCGGUGGCUCUAGCGGCUCCUCAUCCUCGUCCUCUUCCUCUUCUGGUGGUUCCAGCGGCUCUGGAGGAAAAUCCAACAUGGGUACCGUGGUCGCUCCACAAAGACUCCUUGUUGCCUUGGCUGUCUCCGUUGCCUUGUUGGCUUACCUUUAA